GCGCCGUUCCGCGACGCUGUUGAGGGUGGCAAAGCGCUGGUGCAGGACGACAAGCAGGUGGGCAAGCUUUGGGCCGUGGACCCCCAGGGCCUUCGCCUCCACCUGCUGAAGCAGGUGCUGGAAGACCCGCAGUGGCAGUUCCAGCAUGGACUUCAGCCUUCAGACGUGGACGACUGGAUGAGAGCUAAGGUCGCCCUCAGGCCGCCGAGGUUGUUCUGCUAUGUCAAGUCGAAGUGCUGGACGGAUGUGGGCGAGCAUACGCGCACACGCCCGCUGCACUCUUGCUGGCGCCGCGUGGUCGACAUGGCAGAGGUUGCGCGCGCCCGAGGCUGGAAGGUCAUGGGCCGCGCUGUCAGGGGCGCCAUGCUCGAGGUCGGUGGCUCCCACGAGGUCCACGACGUGCAUCGGGUCGCCGAUGCGCUGCGGGACAUGGAGGCAGCUCUCGCUGAGCCGCACCCAUCGCAGCUUUUGCCCGAGGCAGGAGUGGUGUCCUGCCUCUCCUGCCGCCAGCGGAUGGCCGCGACAGCGCAUGCAGCGUGCGUAGAUAUUGACCAGGCCUGUGAGUCUUGCUCCGCCACGGGCGUCGGCGAAAAGUGGACGACGCUUGAGCGAGAGUACCUCUCGAAGCUCCUCACUGACAGG